AUGAGACGAUCCUUGCACGUUGAAAAUACACGUACCAGUGCCACUCCCGAAGCUGCUGCCACUGCCACCGACAACGUCGGACUACUGAUGACGCAGGAUUUUCAAUACGAGUCCGAAGAGGAUAACGAAGCCAAUGACUGUGACAGCGACGAUGGUCAGUUACACGACGAAGCUGUAUUAAACUGCUGUUUCCAUGUAAUCCAACCAUUCGCGAAGAAGAACAGCUACUACAAGAAGUUAAAGAAUCGCGAUUUUGCCAUUACCAGAAAGGAGAAGCCCAAGGGCAGCUUACAAGGUACAGCGUUCUCUCAUGUCUCAAACAUUGCAAAGACGAAAUCGAUCGAGCAACGUCGAACUGUGACAGAAUUGUACAUGAAUCACUGGAGAGCAAUAGGAGAACACGAAGCAGCCAUCCACUUUACGAAAGAAUACUGCGUUUACCCAAGGUGGAACUGGAAUUACUGCUGCAGUGAUGAGUGUGGUGUUUAUCCUUCGAACUGUCCGAAUGAAAGCUUCAACCGGCAUGGAAUUAAGAGCGUUUGCGCUGACAAUGCCAAGAACGCAUCCCUAACUCAUUUCCUCGUCCACACAGCAAGGUCCUUGUUAACAGAUGACGCUCAUGGAAGGUCCGACCCAUGCACUAUUGUCAUUCCCGACACAUGCUCACCCCUCAUGGUGACUGUAACUGGGUUUGUUUGUGAAGGAAUCGAUGUUAUUGAGAUGGGACGAGACCACAUGCCAGUUCUGAUCGAAUUGCUGAUGCGAUGGUUUCCGCGACCAAGUCCGUUUGUCACUUGCAGUACAAGGAUGGCAACAUUGUUGGUGAUUGUGAAGACUGCAUCAAACAUCUUGGCUUCAAUUGUCCUUGUGCAGUUUUCCUAA